CUUUCUUCAAACAACACACGGAAACAAGCUUCACCUGCGUUUCCUCCGUUCUAAUACUACUGUCCGUCCUCCACUAACUCUUUACGCGACACUGUCUAUUGUUUCCGCCAACAUGGCUGACGCUAAACCUGAUUCCUCGGCUGGACAGGCCGCCGCUCCUGGUCCCACCAUCACGAAAGACGAGACAGAGCAGGUAGCGACUAGCGCUACUGAGGCUUCAAAACCAGCCGAAGAAAAGCCAGCUUCAUCUAUCACCGAGACUGUUUCCAGCUCCGCAACGACUGCCACCUCUACCGUCAAGGACAAUGUUUUCUCGAUGUUUGGCGGUGGACCCAAGAAGGAGAAGAAGGAAGAGGAAGACGACGUCACUGAGCCGUCGGGUUCUUCCAAGGCAAAGGCUGCAGAAGGCGAGAAUCCCGAGAACGAAGAGCCCGACGUUCACUUCGAACCUGUGGUUCGCUUGACGGAGAAGGUUGAGACCAAGACCAACGAAGAGCUCGAGGAGCAAGUCUUCAAGAUGAGAGCCAAGCUGUUCAAGUUCGACAGGGAGUCUCGAGAGUGGAAGGAGCGAGGAACUGGUGACGUCCGGUUACUUAAGCACAAGGAGAAUGGCAAGACUCGUUUGGUCAUGAGAAGGGACAAGACCCUCAAAGUUUGCGCCAACCACUAUGUUGUUCCCGACAUGAAGCUGUCGCCCAACGUAGGUAGCGACCGCAGCUGGGUGUGGAACGCCGCCGCCGACGUCAGUGAGGGUGAGCCAGAAGCUCAAACCCUUGCGAUUCGAUUUGCAAACAGCGAGAAUGCCAACCUCUUCAAGGAGGCCUUCAUUAAGGCCCAGCAAGAGAAUGAGGCUCUUUUCAAGGCGGCGGAGUAGGCGGUGGAUUCACAGCCGGAAACGGGUGGGAAGGAGCAUUCGGAGGACUGACACGGACUUUUUGGCGAAGCACACCCAACCAUUACACAACGGUAGAAGACCCAUACUGCACAUAGAUAGUAUCAAAUUGGCGCGGCAAUAGUGCCCGCGACUCUCCCC